UCUCCCGUUUCGCCCGCCACGUACCCAUGUAGCUUGAUAGGUGGCGACACCAGUCACCACUCCCAUGUUUUUUUCCGUAUUCGUUUUCAUUGCCCUUCUUCUUCUUCUUCUUCUUCUUCUUCUCUCUCUCUGUAUGUUGUGACGUUGCGUGUUGUUCUCAGAUGAAUCGAUGAACAAAAAGUUCUGAGAUGCAUCCACACAGCUUACUCGCUUCAGCGGCUGUUAAUAUAAGCCUAGCCUGUAUUGUUGUUUCACUCUUCUCCAUCUUAAAGAAACAACCUUCAAAUGCCUUAUUUUACUAUGCUCGUCGUCUCUCGGAGCAAGAAAGCGUCCCUUUCGAUCGUGGCUUCACUUUUGCUCGAUUCGUCCCUUCAUUUUCUUGGAUUCAACGUGCUCUUCGGGUUUCUGAAGAAGAAAUUCUCGAAAACAGCGGCCUCGAUGCUCUCGUUCUCAUCAGACUCUUCAAACUUGGAAUCAUUUUCUUCUUGGGUUGUUCCAUUGUUGGAUUGGCUAUACUUCUCCCUGUCAAUUACACCUGCAAACGAGAUUCUUCUACAAUCAAAUUCUCACACACCAUGGAUUCUUUUACAAUAUCUAAUAUUACUAGAGGCUCUGAUAGGCUCUGGGUGCAUUUUUCAUGCUUGUGUUUCAUAUCUGUUUAUGGAUUAUACUUACUGUAUAAGGAGUACAAUGAGAUAUCGGUGAAAAGGAUUAAAUGCCUUUGCAAUGUUAGGAAUCGGCCUGAGCAGUUCACAGUUUUAGUAAGAGAAAUUCCAUUCUGCACUGAACAUAAGUCUCAUGAGUGUUGUGUAGAACAGUUCUUCUCCAAGCAUCAUCCAUAUUCUUAUCAAUCUUAUCAGAUGGUCUACUGUAGAAAAGAUGUUGAGGAUUCACCGGAGUUGCCUGUUGCAUUUGUGUCCUUCAAGACACGGUGGGGUGCUACACUUGCUGCCCAAUCUCAGCAUCAUGCAAAUCCACUUUCAUGGAUAACAGAAAUGGCUCCAGAACCAAGGGAUGUUCUAUGGAGUAAUUUGGCUAUCCCAUAUGCUCAUCUACCACUCUACAAAAUUGGAGCCUUUCUUGCAGCAAUGGUUCUGACAAUUUUCUUUGCUAUCCCAGUCACUGCAGUUCAAGGAAUAGCAAAAUUUGAAAAGCUAAAGAAGUGGUUCCCUCCGGCUAUGGCUGUACAAUUGGUACCAGGUUUAAGAUCUAUUGUGACAGGAUAUCUUCCAAGUGCCAUUCUUAACAUCUUCAUUUACAUUGUUCCCUUUGCCAUGCUCUUAAUGGCUAAACUAGAAGGCUGCAUCUCAAGGAGCAAAAGAGAGAUAAAAGCUUGCAGCAUGGUUUUCUAUUUCCUAGUGGGAAAUGUUUUCUUUUUGAGCUUGUUAUCAGGGUCUUUACUGGACCAAAUUGGACAAUCCUUCACUCAUCCGAAGGACUUUCCUAGUCAUCUUGCAAGUGCUGUCUCUGAUCAAGCGGAUUUCUUCAUGACAUACAUUUUGACAGAUGGACUAUCAGGGUUUUCAUUGGAAAUUCUUCAGCCUGGCUUAAUGGCAUGGAAUUUUUUGAACGUUCAUUUAUUUUUUCGAGGAAAAAAGAGGAAACCAUAUAUUUAUUCUUUUCCAUAUUACAGAGUUAUUCCUAUUGUCUCACUUUCAAUAUUAAUUGGGACGGUAUAUGCAUUAGUUGCGCCAUUGCUGCUUCCAUUUCUUGUAGGAUACUUCAUCCUUGGAUAUAUUGUAUAUAUCAAUCAGAUUGAAAAUGUAUAUGAAUUUGUUUAUGAGACAUGUGGACAAUACUGGCCAUACAUUCAUCAUUAUAUUUUCAUGGCCAUCAUUCUUAUGCAAAUUACUAUGAUUGGUCUCUUUGGAUUGAAGUCAAAGCCAGCAGCAUCAAUUUCAACAAUACCACUCCUCUUGUGCACUUUCUUGUUCAAUGAAUAUUGCAAGAUCCGCUUCCUUCCUACAUUUUGCUGUUACUCUAUCCAGAAUGCGGUGGAAAAUGAUGAUCGUGAUGAAAAAGUUGGUACAUUGGAAGUCAACUCUGAGCAUGCAAUCCUUGCAUACCGCCCACCUUGUAUGCAGCCUGCGGAUAUCACUUCUUCAGAAUCAAGCACCACACAGCCUUUGGUUUCGUCGACAUGAUUUUACCACUUUACAUUCCUUUCUUGAAUUUUACUUCAUCCUCACAUGAUUGUAUUAAGAAUUCUUUUUAAAGUUGUGUUUCUCUAUAUUGGAAUAAUGAUGUCAA